AAUUUCGUCAUCAUUAGCUAUUAUCAUCAUCGUUGUAACACUGAGUUCAGUAAUUGUUAUAUGCAUUGUUGUCUUAUCCCUACGAACUCUUUAUGAUCGUCGAAUGAUACGUGAAUUAAAGGCUGCCGGCUUGCAGAAUUUCGAAGCAGGAAAUGCUGAAAGUAUAAAUCCAUAUGUACCGUUAGGUGAUCAGGCCGAUUUACUACCAUAUGACAGCAAGUAUGAAUUUCCGAAAGAACAAUUAAAACUCGGAAGUACACUUGGCUCUGGUGCGUAUGGUGUUGUGCUCAAAGCGAUCGCUCAACAAAUUUUACCCAACGAAGAGAAAAGUACGGUGGCCGUCAAAAUGGCAAAACGAAAUUGUGAGAACGAGGAAAUGCGAGCGCUAGUAAUGGAGCUCAAAAUCCUGAUACAUCUAGGUCAUCAUGAUAACGUAGUGAAUUUACUUGGAGCCGUUACCACAAAUAAAGAAAAACGUGAACUAAUGAUUAUUGUGGAGUACUGUCCAUUCGGAAAUGUUAAAAAAUAUUUGGAAACAAAUCGCGAUCAUUUCAUUAAUCAAAUCGAUGAAGAUACAGAUGAAAUAGAUCCAACAAAAGAAACACAAGAGGAUAGGGAUAUCGAUUCCGAUCAUAGCAGCGAUAGCGGAGGGAAUCUAAAAUGUGUUCUCAGUGAGGGAUACACCAAGAAAAAGUUAGGCGUUUUGUUCAAAAGAGUAGACACAAACGCGAGCGGUUUGUUCUAGACUAGAACUUCUAGUUCAUUUCAAAAUUCAAUCCAAUUUCUUUAGCCAGAAAAAUUAAAAUUAAAUUUAAAUCGCAGAUUCGCAAAGAUUGAUACCAAGCUGCUCAACAGAUUCAGCAGAUCGUCCGUUUUCCACAAUCAAUUUACUUGAAUGGGCACUGCAGGUUGUGCAUGGAAUGCAGCAUUUGGAAUCACGAAACAUUUUACAUGGUGAUUUAGCUGCUCGAAACAUUUUGCUCUGUGAUAAUGGAGUGGUGAAAAUUUGUGAUUUCGGUUUGGCGCGGUCGUUGCAAGAAAGCGGUAUCUAUUUGAAGAAACAUCUUGUAGGAACUGUUCUGUUUUUCCCCUUGAAUACAAAAUGGCAUUUUGAAUAUGUUUGAAAUUAUCAGGGUAAACUGCCGCUCAAAUGGAUGGCUCUCGAAUCGAUUAUGUAUCAAAUCUACACGACAAACUCUGACGCAUGGUCAUUCGGAAUAGUCGUUUGGGAGCUAUUUUCGCUAGGAAAGGAACCAUAUCCUGGCAUUGAGUGUGAUGAUAAUUUCGAAAAAAAAUUGAUGAAUGGUCACCGAAUGGAAAAACCAAAAUACUCCACACAGAUGAUCUUUGAUGAACUGAUGGUGCCUUGUUGGCGUUUAUAUCCUGAAACGCGACCAUCAUUCAAUGAUCUGGAACAAAGAAUUUCCUACAUUUUGCAAGAUGCUACAGAACAACAGAAUCAGUA